GGGCCAAGUUUUCCAUUACCUGAAACUUGGCCAAUUAGACUGUUAUUUGUUGUUCUAGGGGUUGUGAUCUGCAGAGCAGUGGUUUCUCGUCAUGAUGGAGCAGUAUGUGCUACUGGAUCCACGGCAGAGGGCUUUGUAUCAGGACGUCAUGCAGGAAAGUUAUGAGACGCUGAUGGCACUUGGUAGGAAUACAUUUCCUUUUAAAUUUCCACUGUCCAAGCCUGAUUUGCUGUCCCAUUUGGAACAAAGAGAUGAAGCAACAGCAUUUGACCUGCAGCAUCCUAGAGGCAGCCCUCCAGCAGUACCUGAGAGUAAGGAGGAAGUGAAUCCUGUGCAGGAAGAUCCCACAGGGCCUCAGCCUGUUGCUGAAGCCUCCGAGAGCCUCACAGAUAUGCCUCAGAGCAAUGAGGUCCAAGGUGAAAGCCCUCAAAUUCCACCCUCUCCACCAUCACCUCUGAACCCCAAUGCCUGCCUUGAAUGUGGCAGAACCUUCAGCCACAAAUCUGCCUUGUCGAAACACCAGAAGAUCCACAUGGGAGAGAAACCCUAUGAAUGUGAGGAGUGUGGGAAGAGCUUCAUUCAACGCUCAGACCUGACAAUUCACCAGAGAACCCACACAGGGGAGCGGCCGUAUCUUUGCCCUGACUGUGGAAAGAGCUUCGCUGUCAGCUCUACCUUACUGACCCACCAGCGGAUCCACGCUCCAGGUGGGGAAAAGCCCAACCGCUGCCCUGAGUGUAGGAAAUGCUUCAGCAACGCAACAGCGCUGGAGCGACAUCGCAAGAGUCACACCGGAGAAAAGCCCCAUAAGUGUCUGGACUGCGGAAAAAGCUUUGCCUGGAGCUCUCACCUCGAGAGGCACCGACGGAUCCACACAGGGGAGAAACCCUACAAGUGCCACGAAUGUGGGAGGGCCUUUGCUUGGAGUUCUCACCUGGACCGCCACAUGCGAACACACGCGGUAUCGGCGCUGCCAGAGGAAGCCCCGCCCUCCAGGUGCCUGGAUUGUGGCAAGCGGGUCAACCACAUCACACACCCUCACCGUUUCAAGCACAAAAGUACCCAAACCCCUUUGGAGUACGAAGACGUAGAGGUAACAGAAGAGACUACGGAGGUGGAGGCUGAGCGGCCCUAUCAGUGUACAAUGUGCAGAAAAGGCUUCAGCCAGAGUUCAAACCUGCUCAGACACCACCAGCGCAUGCACACAGGGGAGAAGCUGUACCCGUGCUCAGAUUGUGGGCAGAGGUUUAACUGGGGCUCUGCCCUCCUCAAGCACCAGCGGACCCACAGCAAAGGCAAGCCUUACUCCUGUGGAGAACAUGCCCAAGUUUCGGAAGACGCCACCUCCUCGGGCAGGCGUCAAAUCAUCCCCGUCAGUGCAAAGAAACCUCACCAGGGCUCUGAUUGUAACAGAAGUUUUAUGUGGCAUUCACACCUAGAGGGUCACCAGGGAAUCCAUACUGGAGAGAAAACCUACAAGUGUGGGCAACAUGGAAGGGGGUUCACUGCGAGGAAACCCUUGGAGAGGCAUCGGAGACUUCACACCAGAGGCCGCCUUCAUGGCUGUGAAGAGUGUGGGAAGACUUUUUCCUCAGGCAGCGUGGUAGCUGCACACAGGCACCACCGCAACGCUAAAGCCAAACCUCACCAGUGCCCAGAGUGUGGGAAAGGGUUCAGCGCCGCAGCCGUGCUGGAGCGUCACCAUCGGCUGCAUCGCGGCGAGAAGCCCUAUCAGUGUGAGGUCUGUGGGAAAGGAUUUGCCUGGAGCUCCCACUUUGACCGCCACCGGCGCUCACACACAGGAGAGAGGCCCUUCCCUUGUGCCUUCUGUGAGAAACGUUUUGGCCGGAGUUCCCACCGCAACCGGCACCAACGCACCCACACCGUCACCGCCAGGGGCUCAGACCAGCGGCAGAACGACCGAGAGGGUGCUGUUGCUGCGCCCGUGCCGCCAGCACUCGACUGGUGGGAGGGGGAAGGAGAAAAGAGGCCCCCACUGGAGCCACAUGAAGUCUGGCCACCCACCUUGGAUCCCACCAGCCCCUUCCCAUGGACAGCCAAAUCUCCUGGUGAUGCAUGGAGGACCAUGGAGGAGAAGAGCCUUGGGCAGGAGGCCCAGAGUUUGACCAAUCCUGAAGAAAACUGGACUCGGCUUCCUCCUCAAAUUUCCCUCAACUGAUGAGCACCCAAAAUUUGAUUUCCUUCUGAAGCAGACCAUUCCAGUUUUUGGAAAUGCCUGAACCCUCGUCUCUUCCUUAACCAUCAGGCCAAUGCAAGGACAGCUUCCUUCUUUUCUUCUAUCAGCAGCCGCCUAACGUGUAUCCAGGAGUGUAUGUAACCGUCAUAGCUGUUUGAUCCUGCUUUGUCAUUAGGGAUGUUAUUUUUGUAUUUAAUGCACUUCCAUCUCUGUAAAUCGGCAGGAACCUUCCAAGCCAAAUUAUAGAAAUGCAAAACCUC